UCUACUUGAAAAAGUCGUUGUUUAAAUUCUUGUAAAAAUUUGGUUUCUUCCUCGGAAUUAUGAUGUGAUAAAUAUUAAAUCUCUGUGAUGCGUAGGUGUAAGCAACAGUUUAAAAAUUAAAAAAUGGGAAAACGCAGUUUGAAAUGUUACCACGCAUUGGUCGAUAUGACCACCAGGCUGUGAAUAAGAGACUUCUCGACUCGUUGUUUACCGCCUCGAAGCUCUUCCACACUGCUGCUAUAAUGUGCGACGAUUUCGAUCACCACUCUUUGCAGAGAGACUUGCUUGGACACGGUUUUAACGUAAGAGCAGCGACGCCUACGUCCAGCAUGUUUGAAAAUAUAGACCCCAAAAAUGCGCUAGAAACCUUCAGCACAUGGCUAAGGGCGCACGAAGAUGCUCAGGUCAGUAUGGUGAUGCUGGCAAGUGUGAUUGUAGUGAUCGGGAUCUGGUGGUUUGUGCGGACUGUUCUGUCGUUGAUCAUCAAUCUGAUCUGUCCACUUUUAGUGGUGGCCUUGGCUGUGAUUACUGUACCGCAAUUGCGAAGGCCACUCAUGGGUGAGAAUUAUCCGCUGCUCGCUAAACUCCUAAGGAACAUCUUGCUGAAGUUGGCCGAGAACAUAAGAACCUGACAGCUAUCCAGGGCAUAUAAUUGGCAGCUAUCCUGACACUAAUUGGCUUGUAAUUAAGUCCUGGAUCUGAAAAACUCUUCUGUUUACUGAAUUUAUAACAAUAAAUUUCAAUAAAUAUGACGAAUUCACACAGUCCUCAGUCGACACUGGAAUAUGUAAGUGCUUGUAAUUUGUAAAAGUGCGUAAAUAAUAUAAAAAUCGCAAUGCAAUAAAAUACUGAAAAUCAGA